AUGAAGUUCAACGCUGUUGCCGCGGUUUCCGCCGCCGCUCUCCUUGCUGGCAACGUCCAUGCCGAGGAGGCUAAGGACGCUGAGGCGUCCUCCGUCACCCCCAAGAUCGCCGCUUUCACCCCUACCUCCAUCAAGGCCGACUUCCUUGAACAGUUCACCGAUGACUGGGAGACCCGCUGGAAGCCUUCCAACGCCAAGAAGGAGACGGAUGGCGAGAAGGAGGACGAGGAGUGGGCCUACGUCGGCGAGUGGUCCGUUGAGGAACCCUCCGUCUUCAAGGGCGUUGAGGGCGACAAGGGUCUUGUUGUCAAGAACCCCGCUGCUCACCACGCCAUUUCGGCCAAGUUCCCCAAGGCCAUCGACAACAAGGGCAAGACUCUCGUUGUCCAGUACGAGGUUAAGCUUCAGAACGGCCUCGAAUGCGGUGGCGCCUACCUUAAGCUUCUCCGCGACAACAAGGCUCUUCACCAGGAGGAGUUCAGCAACACCACACCGUACGUCAUUAUGUUCGGUCCCGACAAGUGCGGCCACACCAACAAGGUCCACUUCAUCUUCCAGCACAAGAACCCCAAGACGGGCGAGUACGAGGAGAAGCAAUUGUCUUCGCCUCCUACGGCCAAGAUCGUUAAGACGACUGAGCUGUACACCCUGAUUGUCAAGCCCGACAACACGUACAUUAUCAAGCAGAACAACGAGCAGGUCAAGACCGGCUCCCUCCUCGAGGACUUCACCCCCGCGGUCAACCCUGCCGCGGAGAUUGACGACCCCAAGGAUAGCAAGCCCGAGACCUGGGUUGAUGAGGCCCGCAUUGCCGACCCCGAGGCCAAGAAGCCUGAGGACUGGGAUGAGGAGGCUCCCUUUGAGGUUCUCGAUGAGGAGGCCGAGAAGCCCGAGGACUGGCUCGAGAACGAGCCCCUCACCGUCCCUGACCCUGAGGCCCAGAAGCCCGAGGACUGGGACGAUGAGGAGGAUGGUGACUGGCUCGCCCCUACCGUGCCCAACCCCGCCUGCGCUGAUAACUCUGGCUGUGGUCCCUGGACCAAGCCGAUGAAGCGCAACCCUGACUACAAGGGCAAGUGGACUGCGCCCUUCAUCGACAACCCCGACUACAAGGGCAUCUGGGCUCCCCGCAAGAUCAAGAACCCCGACUUCUUCGAGGACAAGACGCCUGCCAACUUUGAGCCCAUCGGCGCCAUUGGCUUUGAGAUUUGGACCAUGCAGAGCGACAUUCUGUUUGACAACAUCUACGUCGGCCACUCGAUCGAGGACGCCGAGAAGCUCGCCGAGGAGACGUUCAAGCCCAAGCACGCCGUUGAGAAGUCGCUCGAGGAGGCGGCCAAGCCCAAGCAGGAGGAAAAGCCCGCGUCGCCCAGCGACCUCAAGUUCACGGACGACCCCGUCACGUAUGUCAAGGAGAAGGUCGACCUCUUCGUGACGAUUGCGCAGAAGGACCCCAUUGAGGCCAUCAAGUUUGUUCCCGAGGUUGCGGGUGGCUUCGCGGCGCUCUUCGCCACGCUCCUCGUCCUCAUUGCCAGCUUCGCGGCGGGCGGUGGCAGCGCCGCCCCCGCUGUCAAGAAGGCGGCGGGCGACGCCAAGGCGGCGGCCAAGGACGUCAAGGACAAGGCGACCAAGGCGGCUGCUUCGGGCGCGGAGACUGUCAAGCAGGAGGCCAACAAGCGCACUACCAGGAGCCAGUCGUAG